AAGUUGAGAGAAGCCAUUGAUAUAUAUAAUCAACCACCCAAUUCACAAUGUGUGGUGGAGGUGGCCGGGGACUGUAAGAGAGAUAAAUUGGAUACAAUCCUAUCUCCUCUUCCUCACUUUGUUUGGUAUUCAAAGCAGCAAUGGGGAAUUGCCAAGCAAUUGAUGCAGCAACACUAGUGAUCCAACACCCAAAUGGCAAGGUAGAGAAAUUCUACUGGCCUUUGACUGCUAAUGAGGUCAUGAAGAUGAACCCAGGUCACUAUGUAGCUCUUCUUCUCUCCACAACCUUGUGUCCUUCUGGUGAUCUAUGCAGCAGUGCAAACAAUGAAAACCCAGUUCGCUUAACCCGGAUUAAGCUCCUCAGACCCACUGAUACUCUUGUUCUUGGACAAGUUUAUAAGCUCAUCACCACUCAAGAGGUGAUGAAAGGUAUGUCUGCAAAGAAAUUUGCAAAGAUGAAGAAAACCCAGUCAGAUUCUGUAGAGAAGAUUGAAACGAGAAGAUCUGAUAAACAAGAGGAAAAUCAGGUGACCAAACAGAGAACAAAGACAGCAAGCCCAGCUAACUCUGCCACUACUGCCAGAUCAAGAACAUGGCAACCCAAGUUACAGAGCAUCUCUGAGGCUGGAAGCUAAGCUGAGUUAAUAAUCCUGCAAACUGUACUGGAGAGUCAAGAGAGGAGAGAGAAUUAACCAACCACACACCAAGGAUGGGGCUCUGGACUUGUGCAUUGAUUCAACACAGACCAUUGAUGGAAGCCAACCAAUUUGCUUCAUGAACUAGCACAACUGUGUAAUGCAACCUGUAUAGAUGAGGCUAAUCACAAAUGUCUCCAAAGUGAAUAGUUGUAAUCAAGUGAUGUUCUGUUAUGAAACCAGAAUUAAUUCCCCAUUUACGAACAGCAAGA